CUUGCCUGUUACUUAGCAACUCGGAAUGGCUCAGCGUUGAACGAUUGCUUCUGACAAAUUUACAUCGACCAGGAUUCACGAUGCUUGAUGCUGCUUUAAGCUCAUACGGUGCCCAGGUUGUUUUGGUUUCAUCAAGUGAUGAGAAUCAUCCACCGGAGAAUAUACUUGACGGACAAACGGAGACGUUCUGGGUUUCAACUGGCAUGUUUCCUCAAGAGUUUAUCAUCCGCUUUCCAGAUAACAUGAAACUAUUCACAAUCUCCAUUCACAGCUACAACAUUAAAAACUUGAGAAUAGAGAAAGGCACAUCAGAGGAUGCUGAUAAAUUUGAAGCAAUUGCAGAGACAGAGUUUGAGCACACAGAGAGCAGCCUACAAAAUAAUGAUAUUAAUGUAAAUGUAUCAAAUGCAACACAUUUGCGGUUCCUCGUAUUGUCUGGAUAUGACCAUUUUGUCUCUGUACACAAAGUUAGUGUACAAUCAUGAGACGAUCACCAUCUUUGAUGUCAUUUAUGCAAAGUUGCAUGCGGUAACUUUAAGGCUGGCUUUAAAUACAGCUGAAUUAAUCAUAGUUGUUAUUCAUCAUAGUGGAUCAAUGUAUAUUUUCUGUUACAACCAAUAAA